AUGAGCGUUGACAUAACACCGCGUUCCGUCCGCUUCUCCAACGCGGAAGAGGACGAUACCCUUGAACCUCUCGAGUCGUCCAGGGUAAUGGCGCGCCCUCAUGUGCAGACAAGUGAUUCCGAGAGAUCUGCCUCUUCCGGCGAUUCCCAAGAUUCCGCAACUCCUCAGCCAGCAGGAAUCGAUAUGGCAACGGCACUGCAUCCCAGCUCGCUCUCAGCUACCGACACUCGACCAUUGGUCACCAAUAUGGCCUCCAGCACGCGUGCUCAUAGGAACAGCGGCGAUGCGAACGGGACAGGGACGUAUGGGAUCCCCUUCGCCCCCCCACCGUUGAAUGGUGCAACGUCCAGACCUCAACGACCAACAGCGCCGGCUCGAACUCCCUCAAGUACAUAUGCCCCAGCACGUCGACCUCCGCAACCGCCCUACUUGUCAACCUCCGAGCGCAAUCGAUCAGGCUCUACUACUUCGCGCUUCCGACAAGACCCAAAUGCUUCUUAUCGAGCCCAAGAGAAGGCAUAUGUACAACGGCUACGGCAAGACCAACCAUUCGAAUACUUUGAGCCAUACACGCCAAGCAUCGGAUAUGGAACAGGGUCCGAUACAGAGGACGAGUCUCCUUCCGAUCCCCAAUUUGAUAACGACCAUUACGACCAGGAGACUUUGCUUUUUUACGGAAAUGACGAGAUGAAGCCGAGUGUAGAGGACCUCCAGGAUCCUUCAAAACGGGAGCGGCUUGAGUGGCAUGGCAUGUUGGCAUCUGUGUUGACUGGAGAUGUGGUGAGGCAAGAGAAGAAACGACUGAUAGGAGCUUCAGACAAGCAAGGAGAAGACCUCCAUGCAGAAAUAUGGCUUGGAAUACGGUCUAGAAUCUGCGGGCGGUCGCUGGCAGCGCAACGGCGGAUAAUAGAGGAUACUCGAUCAACUGUCGAUACACUCUUGGAUGAAAUAGUCAAAUUCGAGGUUCAAGGUGUAAGUGAAGCUGGAAAGCCCGCCAUAGAUCAGGUUCGAGAUGUUGUUGCCAAAAUUGAGAAGUGUGAGGGCCUCUAUCCUACUCGAACUGCUCUGGAAACCACCAACAAGAUCGCGGCCUCACUUCAAUACCAAGCUACCUACGAAGCUGUUAUAUCUUGGCAUAAUACAACUGAACUCAUCAACACGGAACUAGGAAUCUUGCAGAGCUGGGUCGGAAAUGCCGAAUUAGAUUUCAACAAAGCAAAGGAGCGCUCCCCGUCUGGGAACGGACUCUCUGAUGAAUCCUCGUUCAUAGAUAGGCUUUUGAAGGAGGAUGGGUUGAAGUCGUUACAAGGGGACAAGAGCAUUCUUAUUGGUGUUUCAAAGGUAAUCAAGAAGGCCAAGAGCACUCUCAUUCAGAACUCCGAAAGUUUUGCGAAACGGCACCUUCCGCCCUAUAUCGAGGAACUUCUUACUCUCAUCAACUUCUCCUCCCGACUGAUCGAGGAGAUCAUCAAGGUUCGACUUCAGUUUGCGUGGAAGAUGAAAGAUUCGGCGGCGCAGAAUUCCAUGAUGCAGGAGCAGAUGAUAUCUCAGUUCCAAAUUCUCUUGAAUCUCGCUAUACGAAUCAAGUUAGAAUACAACACCAUAUCUGAGCCCGAAGCAGGCUGGGAUCUCCCACCUUGCAUUGAUGAAGCCUUCGAUCAGGUGGUCUUAGAUGCUUUGAAAUUUUACUUCAAACUUUUGAAUUACAAACUCAGUGGCAACAGGAACACUUUCAAGGAGGCAGAAGUGUUGGAGCAAGAGUGGGAAUUCUCUAACGACAUCGGGCGUCACCUACAAGGUGGCGAUGUUGAGGUUGCCGAGCAAUUCAGUUCGCUGACAUUCAAGGCAUUCCACCGACUCAGCCAGACUUUCGAGCGCGACUUGCAAAGGAAGCCAAGGGAAACUGUGGGUGAGAUGACUAAGAGGUAUAAACAGAGCUUGGAUUCGGUUCGUGUUCGUCAGCGUAUGUUGCAACGUUUCUCGAGGGUUCUGAGUGACCGAUUUGAGAACUCGACGGAUUUCAGCAUUGCUAUGGAUCAAAAUGACUUGCAAAAUCUCUACGAGAGUCUUAUUGAGACGGGCCAUUUCCAGGUAUAUACAGCAAGUAUCGAACAUGACGGCAUCUUCUUAUUGGCCUCGCCUGCCCUGUGGGAUCGGCCUAAAGAUAUCGAAGCAAUUCUUGGAACGUGUUAUCAUCCGGAUGACACCCCAGAGGAUCCCACAAACCCAUACGUACUCGUCCUUCGCCCGGAAAUGGAGAUUCAUUGGGGCGGACGACGAGUAGAUGCUGAUAUUCCAGAGCCGACUACUGAUGUCAAGCUUGGUCAUCUUCGCUUGAUUGCGGAUGGCUCUCAAGCUAGGCUCGCAAAUGCUCGACAUUCAUUCCUGGAGUCUAUCGACAUACAUCUGGAUAUGGUCGUUGAGCAAAGAUCCAAUCUCAAAAAGGUUAACGCCAAGUUGACAGAGAUAAAGAGGGUAGUGUACAAGCUAUCUGGUCUCAUCAUGGACAGCGUAGAAAUAGUCCGGAAACAGACUCAAGGGUUGGACUGCCACGAGUUAAUUCAGAUAUGUUUCGUCUUCGCAACCGAAUUUGGCCAAAGGUCCUUGCUCUACAUGGAUCGAAAUAGGCAACAGAUGAAUAAGCUAAAGCUUACGAAACUUGCACUGGAUUGGGUCAGCUUUAUUUGCGACGAUUGCAUUGCUACCGACAGGAAGACGUUUAGGUGGGCCGUUCAAGCCCUUGAGUUUGCGAUGGUCAUGACUCAAGGUCAGCACAUCUUGGCUCUCGGUGAUGAUGAAUAUUCGAGGCUACGUGCAAAGGUAGCUGGGUGUAUGUCGCUUCUGAUUUCGCAUUUUGACAUCAUGGGAGCACGAUCGACGUUAGCCGCACAGGCCGAGAAACAACGUAUCGAAGCAUUAGCAGGACAAUUUCGAAAGAUGGACAUGAGCAGGAUGAGGAAUGACGAGGAAUCUGCAAGAUACAUCCUCGAGCAGAGACUUGAACACCUCAGUUAUCUCGAUGAUUCUCGAAAACAGAAAGAAGCCGAAAGACAAGCUCUUGGCCGCGUGUUGGAGGAUUCAAGCGAAGCAGAUCGUUCUCUUACUUACCUUUCAUCCUCUGCCUCCAAUGUCAAUAUGAGAUGGCAGCAAGGUCGCUUCGUUGGCGGUGGCACCUUCGGAUCCGUUUAUGCUGCCAUUAACCUGGAUUCUGGCCAACUAAUGGCCGUCAAGGAGAUUCGCUUACAAGACCCAACGCUCAUUCCGACCAUUGCUGGGCAAAUUAGGGAUGAGAUGACUGUGUUGGAAGUAUUGGACCAUCCCAACGUUGUAUCCUAUCAUGGCAUUGAAGUCCACCGAGACAAGGUCUAUAUUUUUAUGGAAUUUUGUUCUGGUGGAUCUUUAGCUGGACUACUUGAGCAUGGUCGAAUUGAGGAUGAACAGGUUAUCAUGGUAUAUGCGUUGCAACUACUUGAGGGUCUUGGUUACCUCCAUGAGAGUGGCAUUGUUCAUCGCGAUAUCAAACCGGAGAAUAUUCUCCUCAAUCAUAAUGGUGUGAUAAAAUAUGUCGAUUUCGGCGCUGCAAAGGUCAUAGCUCGUCAGAGCAAGACGCUUAUUGCAGCCGAGCAAGGGGGCAAGGCCAAGUCCAUGACUGGAACUCCAAUGUACAUGUCCCCCGAGGUCAUCAAGGGUGAAAACACAGGGCGUGCAGGUGCCGUCGAUGUCUGGUCCCUCGGCUGCGUCAUUUUGGAAAUGGCAACCGGGCGUCGGCCGUGGGCUUCUCUUGACAACGAAUGGGCGAUAAUGUACAACAUCGCACAAGGCAACCCUCCACAACUCCCAUCGCCUGAUCAGCUCAGCCCAGAAGGCAUUGACUUUCUCAAAAAAUGCUUUGUUCGAGAUCCAAAGCUGCGUGCUUCGGCGGCGGAACUACUUCAACAUGAAUGGAUUAUGGCUAUCAAGUCUCAGGUUUCAAUUGAUCCAGGGACUCCAAGCGAAAAUGGCUCAGUACACUCAGCUAGCUCUCGGGGAAGUUUGGGAUGA